AUGUCGAAAUUACUGCUUCUAAUAAUAGUGUGCAAUCUGCUUAUUUCUGCUUUAGUAUGUUCAUAUAUACCAUCCUUAGGAAGUAUAGUUAAUCUUUUUUUAAAAGCGCCAUAUAAAAUAUCAUUUUUUAAUUCUGAAAAAAUAAAAGGUGAAAUUCCAAAUUUGCAAGAUGGCGAGAAUUUUACAACUAAAAAUGGAAUAAAAGAUUUAGAAGGUGGGGAUAGUAGCAGUGAGCAGGAUAAAAAAGAAGUCGUACCAGAGGAAGGAGCUGGAGUGCAGAAAGAAGACGUAACAUAUAAAGAGGCUGUAGUAGAGAAAGAAGCCGUAGCAGUAAAAGAAGCAGAAGCAGAGGGAAAAGAAGUAGAAGCAGAGGGAAAAGAAGUAGAAGCAGAGGGAAAAGAAGCUGAAGCAGAGGGAAAAGAAGCUGAAGCAGAGGGAAAAGAAGUAGAAUCAGAGGGAAAAGAAGUAGAAUCAGAGGGAAAAGAAGUAGAAGAAGAGGGAAAAGAAGCUGAAGCAGAGGGGAAAGAAGCAGAAACAGAGGGGAAAGAAGCAGAAGCAGAGGGAAAAGAUGUAGAAUCAGAGGGGAAAGAAGCUGAAGCAGAGGGGAAAGAAGCAGCUGCCGUAAGAGCGGAUGAAGUCCAGAAAAAUGUUGUUGAAGAACAUCCAAAAAUAAGUAGUUUUUUUAAAAAGAGUAAAAAGCAUAAAUUUAAUGGGGAAAGCAAAGAUGAGAAUAAAAAAGUUGAUGAAAAACAUGUGGAGACGAAUAUAGAUCAAGACAAGCAUAGUGAGUCCAAAAAGCUUACUACAUAUCUACUUCCUGGUGUUGGGGGAAGCACAUUAAUUGCGCAAUAUAAGAAUGCAUUAAUUCCGAGUUGUGGAAGCAAUGUUUUAAAUUCAGAACCAUUUAGAAUAUGGUUUAGCAUAAAAAGAUUGUUUUCUGUAACCACAAAUAUAUAUUGCACACUUGAUACCAUAAGAUUAAAUUAUGAUGUUGAAAAAAAAUUGUACGUUAAUCAACCAGGGGUAAAUAUUAGCGUAGAAGAAUUUGGAAAACUUAAAGGUGUUCGACACUUAGAUUAUAUUAGAAAUACUGCUAUAGCUAUAACAAGGUAUUACCAUAUUUUAGCAUCUCAAUUUACAUCCAACGGCUAUGUAGAAGGGGAAAGUAUUAUUGGUGCACCUUAUGAUUGGAGAUAUCCCCUAAACCAACAAGAUUAUGAUACUUUUAAAAAACAUAUAGAACAUAUGUAUGAAAAGAGAAAUAAAAUUAAAGUAAAUUUAAUAGGUCAUAGUUUUGGUGGCUUGUUUAUAAAUUUUUUUUUAUCGCGUAUAGUAAAUAAAGAAUGGAAGCAAAAGUAUAUAAAUAAUAUAAUAUAUAUGAGUUGCCCAUUUAAAGGCACAGUUAAAACUGUUAGAGCAUUACUUCAUGGUAAUAGAGAUUUUAUAUCUUUUAAACUAUCGAAACUUAUUAGUUUUUCUGUAUCAGAUGGUAUGAUGAAAGCCAUUGGAAAUUCGAUAGGUAGUCUAUUUGAUCUAAUCCCAUAUAGAGAAUAUUAUGAAUAUGAUCAAGUGGUAAUAAUAAUCAAUAUAAAUGAUAAACCAAUUAAUGAAAAAGUUAUGCAGUCAGUAAUAACAAGGUGUGGAAUAUACAAUAAAGAGUGCUAUCUUAAUAGAACAGAUAUAAAAUUAAAAGUAUAUACUUUAUCAAAUUGGCAUGAAUUAUUAAGUGAAGAUUUAAAAGAAAAAUAUUACAAUAAUUUACCAUAUAUUGAUAGGCAUUUCGACAUGGAUCAUGGUGUACCUAUAUAUUGUGUCCAUAGUACACAAAAAAAUAAAAAUACUGAUUAUUUGUUGUUUUAUCAAAGAGAAAAUUUGAAUGAUGAGCCGAUUGUAUAUUAUGGUGGAGGAGAUGGUACAGUUCCCUAUGACAGUUUAGCAUCCUGUUCUAAUUUCCACAACUCAGUAAAAUAUAAAAAUUUCCAAUAUAACGGCCACAUGGAGAUUCUCCAUAAUCCUGAAGUUGCAAAAUAUGUAUACAACAUAGCUCAAACAUAUAAUGAAUAA